AUGAAAACUACUGCAAACAAACAACAGGGAAAUGGAACGCUCAUCACAGAAUUCAUCCUCCUAGGAUUCGGGACACUCACUCAGCUACAGAUCCUUCUCUUCCUGCUGUUUCUAGCGAUCUACAUUGUGACCAUGGUUGGGAACAUCCUCAUCAUUGCGCUAGUUGUGGCUGAACAGAACCUUCACACCCCCAUGUACUUUUUCCUGGGGAACUUGGCCUGCUUGGAGACCUGCUACACCUCCACCAUCCUUCCCAGGAUGCUGGCAAGUCUCCUGACUGGGGACAGAACCGUCUCUGUUAGAGGCUGCAUCACACAAUUUUAUUUCUUUGGUUCUCUGGCAACCACUGAAUGUUCUCUCUUAUCUAUGAUGUCUUAUGAUCGAUAUUUAGCGAUAUGCAAACCCCUGCAUUAUGCAGCCCUUAUGAACAGCAAAUUCUGCAUCAAGCUAGUGGUUGGGUCUUGGACAGGAGGAUUUAUAUCUAUUGCCAUCUUAAUAUUUAUGAUGUCCCAAUUAACAUUCUGUGGCCCCAAUGAAGUUGACCAUUUCUUUUGUGAUUUAACCCCAAUAAUAAACCUGUCAUGCAGCAAUACCCACACAUUGGAAGUUACUGCUUUCAUACAUUCCUCCAUAUUCACAUUGCCUCCAUUUCUAUUAACGCUGGCAUCCUAUGUUUGUAUCAUCUCCACCAUCCUGAGAAUCCCUUCCACCACCGGGAGGCAAAAAGCCUUUUCCACUUGCUCCUCCCACCUCAUUGUGGUGACAAUUUUCUAUGGGACUCUAGUCAUUGUGUAUUUGCUAUCAGGCUCUGAUGCACUAAAGGACCUAAACAAAGUGUUCUCUGUCUUCUAUGGUGUCCUGACCCCACUGGUCAACCCCCUCAUAUACAGUCUGAGAAACAAGGAGGUAAAGGAUGCCUUGAGGAAAGCUGUCCUUAGAUUUUUUGUCUUUGACAAGAAUACAGAUAUUUCAAGAUAA